GUCCUGACCUGCAAGAAGCGGCGCGGUAUUCGGCGAGUCCGCCAAGCAGCGCGGACCCCCGACACCCCGGGAGCAAUUGCCUCCAGUCUUGCGACCGCGAAUCAGCUGUCCGCGUCCAAGUGCGCCAAGUGCGUCUCUCCGGGAGGGAACCUUCUCCUCUCGCUGCGACGACAACCCCCAGGGACCCGGGGACCACCGGGACUCGUCUACCGCCGACUGGCAGCUUCGACGAGGAUACUGCAAUGAAGAUGCUGCCAUCGAAGUCUUGGAGCCGAAGUACAACGCUAGGUGCCUGGCUCAUCUUGUUGCCGGUGCUGAGGCCGGCGGGGGUGAGCGGGCACGGCCGCCUCAUGGACCCUCCGGCGCGCAACAGCAUGUGGAGGUUCGGCUUCCCCAACCCCGUCAACUACAACGACAACGAGCUGUUCUGCGGCGGGUACGCAGUGCAGUGGGAGCAGAACCAGGGGCGGUGCGGCGUGUGCGGGGACCCCUUCCACUUCAAGACGCCGCGGCCGCACGAGGCCGGCGGCCAGUACGCCAAGGGCAUCAUCAGCAGGCACUACGUCUCCGGCCAGGAAAUGGAUGUUGAAGUGGAUCUGACGGCAAACCACUGGGGUAGGUUUGAAAUGUACCUCUGCCCGAACAACAACCCCAAAUACGAAGCAACACAGGACUGCUUUGACAGGUUCCCUCUGUACGUCUCCGGGAGCAACGACGUGAGGUUCGAGAUUCCUCUGGAGACGGAGAAGAAGGCCAUAUUCCGCUACAGGGUGCGGCUGCCUCCCUACAUCACCUGCAGCCAGUGCGUGAUCCAGUGGACCUACUUCACAGGCAACAUGUGGGGCACGUGCGCCAACGGCACGGAGGCGGUGGGCUGCGGCCGGCCGGAGACGUUCCGAAACUGCGCGGACGUGAGCAUCGUGACCAGCACGGCUGGAGUCCCGCCGCAGUUCGUGGGCGGCCAGGACAACCCCUUCCUGCUCUACUACCGCGACUUCCGCUCGCAGCUCGUCUCGCCGCUCGUCAUCAGGUCGCAGAUAUGUGUGCCGACGGCGUUCUACAAGAGGCUGCCCGGAAUGGACCAAUGGUGUCAGACCAACUGCCUGCGGUACCCUCCGAACUGCAGCCCUUCUGUGUGCACUUGCCCGGAGCUGUGCGACGCGGUGGGGGAGCUGCGGGGAAGGGACGGCGCGGACCGGUACUGCCAGGACAAGUGCAUCGUGUACCCCUCGCAGUGCCCCACCGACCGCUGCUCCUGCUACUGACCCGCUCCGUCUCCCAGCCAACCAGAACCACUCUGCGCCGCCGGCUGUGGUAGGCCACUCCUGCUGCAGUUCACCAACAGCAACUGCAAAAAAAAAUAUAUGAAACGAAAAUGCCUCAAGCUUCCUGUUUCUCAAAAAAAAAUUUUAAGCUUCGAGAACUGCAUUUUUGGUUCGAUAUGUCCCAAAAUAAAAUAUAGAUGUGAUUAUGAAAAUAUUAAAACAACUUACCACUUC